CUUGUGAGAAUGCACAAGAAUUAUUAUUGAAGAGUUGAACGUCGAGUGAGACUGAAGAGCAUGUCUGGUAUGCGGUUGCCGUUGGAAAGGCUCCAACAGUUUUUAGCAAUUGUGGAUUCAAAGCCUGCUAUGUCCGUAGUAUUUUUAGCUUUCAAUGGGUGGAUACUUUUGUUUUUUGUUUGUUUUGGCCUUUCCUGGGUGGUCUUUGCUCCCUUCAGAAGAUUGGACCUUAUUCACCGUUCGGAUUGGGCCUCUAGAGUUGUUUCUUCCAUCAACGCUACAGUGGGUUGUUUGUUGUUUGCAAAAUUGGUUUUUGGAGAAGAGCAGCUUUAUCGUACUGGAGUCUUUUCGAACAGUGCAGCCUCUUGUGGACUUUGGAAAUUGAUACUUGGAUACUUUUUUUACGACAGUUUGUUGAUUGUUUUGGUGUUCGAGGUUCAUGAAGCGAUAAAUAUUCAGACCAUCAUUCAUCAUAUCGUGGUAACCAGUGCAGUAAUUUAUUGUUUGAGUUCAAGAGAUCCCUUAGCUAUGCUUUGGGCGUCUGCCUUGUUCCUUACAGAGGCAUCCACACCUUUCGUAAACUUGCGUUGGUUUCUUUCGGAAUCGAACUUGAAGCAUACACGAAUAUAUGUUGUUGCUGGUUUGUUGAUGACUCUGGCUUUUUUCGUCGCCAGAAUUCUUUUCAUGCCCUAUACGUUGUAUUUGUUACUUUCCAAUCCGAAUAUUUUGAACUAUUUAUCGACAUAUCGUGCUUUUUGCGAUGGCAUUGUGGGUGGUUCGGUGUUUGUGUCUAUCUAUGUUUUGAAUAUUUACUGGUUUUAUUUAAUGAUGAGAGGACUUUAUCAUAUUGGUCGUCAGUGGCUACUCAAACGAAGCAAAGAAGAGUUGAUAGCGGAGAAGAAUAACCACUCAGUCACAAACUAGGAUCGGAUACCAAAGAAUACCGAAAAUAUUUUUUCGUUGUUGAGCUUCUGAUGAAGAAUUUUUUCAAGCAUACGUGGAACAAUGACUAUUCAGUUUUCUGAUAAGUUUCACAGGAAAUAUUAUCGAAUACUUUCUAGACUUGCUCCAAACACACACA